AUGGCUGACUCCAUGUGCGGCCCAUCCAACGGGGCUAAGAACCUGCUCGCGCAUACCGACCGCGAUCGCACCCUGCACCAAGAUCGGCUCGUGAAUGCUCCUCAGGCUGGUCCCGGAGCUAGAGCCUUUGAGGGUUUCCAGCAGGGUGGUCCGGUCAACGCUGGCUUUGAGAACGGCCCUCUGCUCCCUGAUAUGAACCCGGCUGCCCUUCAUCGCCCUCCUAUGGCCAUGUCUCCUGCUCCGAUGGCUGCUCGCCUGGCUGCAGAGCAUCAUGCAGCUAUGCGCCUCGAGUCGCCCGCCACCGGUGGAGUCGGGAACCAAGCCUGGAUCAACGAGUUUGCCAGCAUGAAGAUUGCGAACGGCAGUUCGGUCCAAGCUGGUCAAACCCCAGGCAUGGCGAUGAGCCACCCUGGUGUGCCUGUUGUUCAGCAGCCUAUGAUGCUCCCCACCACAGGUGUCAACAGUUUCGCCCCUUACCAAACUGGCAUGGCCUUUCAGAGCUACCUACCUGCUCUCUCCGCCCCCAUGACCCACAGCCAACUCCCAGGUCAAGAAGCCACCGCCGCUGCCGCUGUACAAGUCGAAAGCGCCGAGGUCAAGGACGCCUUUGCCGAUCUAUUCGACCAGUACGAGCAGCAAGCCGACCAGCUGACCGACUACCAGCGUCAGGAGCAGGAAUUCGAGCAGGAGCAAGCCAAGUGGAUGGCCGAGCAUGGACCCAAAGCCCUUCCGCCUACCGAUGCCGAGAUGGCGGCGAUCAACUCGGAGAUGGAGCGGAUUGCCGACGAGCAGGAGGAACACUCCCGUCGGAGGGAGAAUGCGGACCUGGCUCGGGCGGCCGAGGACAUCCUGAGGGCUGUUAGUGGCAACAACUCGGACAAGUUCAAGCACUCGAAUUUCUUGGAGUUGAUGAGACGGAUUGCGGCGAGUGAGAUUGUGGUGAAUGAGGAGAAUUUCAUCGAUGCGGAUACGGGGGAGAAGAUUGAGACGGGGGAUUUGGUUGCUGAGGGGCCGGUGAAUGGCGGCGGCAGCAGCGGUGACGGCAAUCCUGUGAAGGGGGAGAGUGGUGCGGUGGGUGGUGGUGGUGAUGCGCCGCCGCCGCCGACUGCUCCGGCGAGCGCCUGA